AUGCCCAUCUCUCUGAAUAUCUGGACAAUUGCGAGCUUACUCGUAGGCGUGGUUGUCCUCUUUCCAGUAAUUAUGGGGCUUUUUAGGAGGAAUAAGUUUGAUGUGCAAGGAAAGACCGUCCUGCUCACCGGCGCCUCUGAGGGCAUGGGCAAGAGCGUCGCAAAACAAUUGGCACAAAAGGGCGCGAAUAUCAUAAUAGUAGCACGCAAUGUUGGGAAACUCGAAGAGGCAUUGGCACAGAUCCAGGCCUCAGCAAGAAACCCUUCAACACAGCGAUUCCAAUAUAUUAGUGCCGAUCUCUCCGAGGAGGAUGCCGCCGCGACUGUCCUCGCCGAAGCAAUCGCCUGGAAUCAUGGCAAUUCCCCGGAUACCUUGUGGUGCAUCGCGGGCUCCGCCUAUCCCGGCCUCUUUAUCGAGACGCCCAGAGCGAAAAUGCGGCAGCAGAUGGAUAUCAAUUACUGGACAUGUGUCGAUAUGGCACAUGCCAUCCUAAAUGAAUGGUUGGCUCCUUCGGUACUUGGAAAAGGGACACAAAAACAUCUCAUCUUUACAAGUUCGGUGGCGGCAUUCUAUCCCGUGGCAGGCUAUGCGCCAUAUGCGCCGACCAAAGCUGCGAUCAAAAGCUUGAGCGAUACGUUGGCUCAGGAAGUCCUGCUCUAUGGUGGCGGCGACACGGUAAAAGUGCAUACCGUAUUUCCUGGGACGAUUUCCAGCCCAGGACUCGACCUGGAGAACAAGACGAAACCGAAAAUCACACAUAUACUGGAGGAAUCGGAUCCCGUGCAGACGCCGGAUGUGGUUGCUGCGAAAUCCAUAAAGGGCUUGGAGAAUGGCGAGUAUUUGGUGACCGUUAGUUGGCUAGGCCAGGCUAUGAGGGGCUGUGCCUGGGGUGGUUCAAGGAGGAAUAACUGGGUGUGGGAUACUAUUUUGACUUGUAUUACGAGUCUGGUUUGGUUGUUUGUGGGCCCCGACUUGGAUGGCAAGGUCAGAUCCUAUGCGAAAAAGAAUGGCCAUCCAAGUACGUAUCCCAAGCAGGCGUGA